AUGCUAAAAAUCUUAAUUCCAACCGCAACACUCCUACCCCUAGCUUUCAUGUCUCCACUUAAACAUCUAUGAACUAAUAUCACACUGCACAGCCUAAUCAUCGCCACCAUCAGCCUACAAUGACUAACACCAACAUACUACCCAAGCAAAGGCUUAACCCCCUGAACAUCAAUCGACCAAAUCUCCUCUCCCCUCCUGGUCCUCUCAUGCUGACUCCUUCCUCUUAUAAUCAUAGCAAGCCAAAACCACCUAGAACAAGAACCCAUUAUCCGUAAACGAAUCUUUGCUACAACAGUAAUCCUAGCCCAACUAUCUAUCCUCUUAGCCUUCUCGGCCUCCGAAUUAAUACUUUUCUACAUCGCAUUCGAAGCAACUCUCAUCCCCACCCUCAUCCUCAUCACACGAUGAGGAAACCAACCAGAACGACUAAAUGCUGGAAUCUACCUCCUAUUCUAUACCCUAGCCAGCUCACUCCCCCUACUAAUCGCCAUCCUACACCUACAAAACCAAAUCGGCACACUCUACCUCCCAAUACUAAAACUAUCACACCCCACAAUAAACUCCUCCUGAUCCGGAUUAAUCGCAAGCCUCGCCCUACUCCUCGCCUUCAUAGUUAAAGCCCCCCUAUACGGCCUACACCUAUGACUCCCCAAAGCCCACGUAGAAGCCCCAAUCGCUGGCUCUAUAUUACUAGCCGCCCUCCUCCUAAAACUAGGAGGCUACGGCAUUAUACGAAUCACAAUUCUAGUAAACCCAACAUCAAACAACCUACACUACCCAUUCAUCACCCUAGCCCUAUGAGGUGCACUAAUAACCAGCGCCAUCUGCCUACGACAAAUCGACCUAAAAUCACUAAUCGCCUACUCAUCCGUCAGCCACAUGGGAUUAGUCGUAGCCGCAACCAUAAUCCAAACCCAAUGAGCAUUCUCAGGGGCAAUAAUCCUAAUAAUCUCACACGGUCUAACCUCAUCAAUACUAUUCUGCCUAGCCAAUACCAACUACGAACGAACCCACAGCCGAAUUCUUCUCCUCACACGAGGACUCCAACCCCUCCUACCACUAAUAGCCAUUUGAUGACUUCUAGCAAACCUAACAAACAUAGCCCUCCCUCCAACAACAAACCUUAUAGCAGAACUAACCAUUGUCAUCGCACUAUUCAACUGAUCUGCUUUCACAAUCAUCCUAACAGGAGCAGCAAUCCUACUCACCGCCUCUUACACUCUCUACAUACUCAUAAUAACACAACGAGGCACACUUCCAUCCCACAUCACCUCAAUCCAAAACUCCACUACCCGAGAACACCUCCUCAUAGCCCUACAUAUAAUCCCAAUAAUACUCCUCAUCCUUAAACCCGAACUAAUCUCCGGUGUCCCUAUAU